UGUCACUAUAUCCUCCUCCGUGAAAUUGUUUUUGAAAAACAAUCUUGCUUUACCGAAACAUAAUAAUAAUCUUACUUAUUUUUUUUUCAUUUAUAGAUGGUUGUGUAAAAUGUAUGAAAUGCGACAGUCUUGUAGAAUUAUUGGUCAGUGCCUCAACAAAAUGCCUGAAGGGGAUGUAAAAGUGGAUGAUUACAAAAUAACACCUCCAACAAGAAUGGAAAUGAAGCAAAGUAUGGAAUGUGUGAUACACCACUUCAAACUAUUCUCAUCGGGUUUCGCCGUUCCUCCAGGGUGCACAUACGUUGGAACGGAGCAUCCAAAAGGAGAAUUUGGCGUCUAUGUCGUGUCCGACGGUUCAUCACGACCUUAUCGUGUGAAAGUUAGACCGCCAGGUUUUGCCCAUUUGGGAGCGAUGAAGUACUUUUUGAAACCAGACACGAUGUUAGCAGACAUUCCCGUAAUGAUCGCAUCACUGGAGUUCGUAUUGGGUGACAUCGAUCGUUAAAUUUUCUUUGUAAUUAUUAUCUGGAAAUAUAAAUAAAUUCAUAACACUA